AUGGAAGACUUUGAUGUAGGAGGCAUGGUUUGGAACCCGUUGUUGAGAACGACUAAAUUGAUUGCGAAGGAUAAGCAAAUAUGUGGCAAGAGCAUGGGUUACGAUGGUACUAAACCCGAAAAGAGUUACAAGAUUAUUGGACGGUGCUUUACUAAUGCGAUCUAUAGAGUUGCAGUCUUGGAACUUGCAACCAACGCGUGGAAGGUACUCAUUGUCCCAGAUCUCACGAAGAGUUACAAAUAUCCCGACACUGGUCAGUGUUUCAUCGAAAUGCUCGAUCUUUCGAAAGAGGUAAUAAAGAUCUUUUGUAUCCUACCGUGUAAGGCGAAUAAAAGUACUUCCAAUACUCGUAUCCUCUCGAUUUACAAGGGAGAUCGGUUUUCAGUGUUACAACAAAGCAAAAGAACAGGGGAGAUUAACAUUUGGGUGACAGAGAAGGAAAUUGGUAACGGGGAUAAUGGAGACGAUGUGGUGUGGAUGAAGUUCAUGACUCUCUCAAGACCUGACUUCCCCAUAUUACUUAGUCACAUCUCUACAAGUUACUUUGUCGAUAAUGAUAUCUAUGGCAAGAGCUUGGUUCUGUGUUGUCCUAGCACGAAACCUAGACAAGCUUGGGUCUAUAUUGUGAGGGGAGAUCUGUGCAAAAAGAUUAAGAUAGAUGGAGUGCAAUGUAGGUUUCAGUCCUCUGUUUAUGUUCCCAGUUUGAUCACCAUAACUUGA